GCCGCGCCCCGACGACAACGACGACAGCGACGACAGCGACGACAGCGACGACGACCCGGCCGCCGCCUCAGAGAGUUGAGGGUUAAAGACUUAAAGGGAGAAAACAGGAAAUGAAGAUACUAUGAAUCUUUAAAAAAAAAAAAAAUUCAGCAGGUGCUUUUGGGACCUCUCGGGUAUUCAAACCAAAAAAGCGUGACAGGGAGAUCUGCUUUUAGAGGACCAUGCUAAGAGACACUAUGAAAUCCUGGAGUGACAGCCAAUCAGAUCUCUAUAGCAGUGACCAAGAAGAGGAAGAAGAGAUGAUCUUUGGUGAAAAUGAAGACGAUUUAGAAGAGAUGAUGGAUUUAAGUGAUCUGCCUACCUCGCUUUUUGCAUGCAGUGUGCAUGAAACUGUAUUUGAGGUACAAGAGCAGAAGGAGAGAUUUGAAGCACUUUUCACCGUCUACGAUGACCAAGUUACAUUUCAGUUGUUUAAAAGCUUUCGAAGAGUCAGGAUAAACUUCAGUAAACCGGAAGCAGCAGCAAGAGCCCGAAUAGAACUCCAUGAAACGGAUUUCAAUGGCAAAAAGCUGAAGCUGUACUUUGCUCAGGUUCAAAUGUCUAACGAAACUGGAGAUAAAUCUUACCUACUGCCCCCUCAGCCUGUCAAGCAGUUCCUGAUAUCCCCCCCAGCAUCUCCCCCUGUCGGGUGGAAGCAGAGCGAGGACGCGAUGCCCGUUAUAAACUACGACUUACUCUGCGCCGUUUCUAAACUGGGCCCAGGAGAGAAGUAUGAGCUUCACGCGGGCACCGAGUCGACACCGAGCGUGGUCGUCCACGUCUGCGAAAGUGAAACCGAGGAGGAGGAGGAAAUGAAAAACCCCAAACAGAAAAUUACCCAGACGAGGCGCCCCGAGCCACCUUCUACGAUACUAAACGAAUCCCCGACUUUCGACUGUACGCUGUAAGGGACCGGGCAGCCAGGCGCCGCCCCCGGGGGUCUCGGUAACGGAGAGUAGAUUAUCCCCCUUACCGCUUCCUGCGUCGCCCCCGACGACGUAGGUAAGGCUAGGAGAAGGGUGAUUGCAACGCGAUGCAUAUUUUCAUCCGUCCUGUACUAUUCUGAGGGUUGCCUCUAUUAGCUCUAUAUUCUAUAGUAGCAGCAGAUGUUACGCGUAAUUGUCUAUUUCACGUUCAGAGUCUUAGAUGCCAGUCUUCUAAUCUGCACUUUAAUUUCGAGGAUCAGCCCCAAAACGUAGCAAUCCUGGCAGGUUUCAAUAGCGCCAAACCGGAGAGUUGGUUUUCUGUCAUCCGAGAACGUUCCUUUUUCCCUGCUACCAGCAGACGUGAGGUAUCCAGACCUAAAACGAUAUAUAUUAGCUCGGUCCAGUGUCAUUUUUAUAGGUUCAGAAAAUAGCCCAGAGUUUAACAAUCCUACGUGGGCGUGUGCUGAUCCGGUAGCUCCUGAUUCAUUUAUCGAUCGAAUAUUAGCGUCCUUCGGUAUGUACCAAGAUUUCUGCAUGGUUAGAAAUCUCACAUCUAGGGUGAUUAGGGGAAAAUUAUUUGACCCAUCUUCCUGAGUAUUUUUUUUCGCCCCCUCCCCCGCCUUCAGAAGAAAUGCCAAAUUCACUAAUGAUGAAAAGACAGCCCAGAUUUAUGUGCCUGGGGCAGCUCCGGUCCCAAAAAUCCUCACCAGAAGGAGCAAAGGGAAGAGCGUGUGGAACUCUCGGGCGGUUCUGUUCUGCCACAUGUCGAACACUCUUGCCUCCCCAAGCCCGAUUCCCCGAGAGGCGGAGGCCGCCCUGACAGAGCGGGACGGUUCUCCCGGGCGGCGCGGUUGAGUACGGGAUCGAACAGCUUCAGUGUCCGCCAACUUCCUUCAGCAUUGUAGAGUGGCUACCCGCCUUCAGCCUUGAGACAUCCAUCCUCCCCCUCCCCCACCGAUGUUGUACCGUCCACUUGGUUCUUAAGCUGGUCCGUUUUCCGUGCGUCCGUUCAGUUCCGUUGCUCCUCUGCGUCCGAUGAGCAGCUGUAGCGGUAGGAUGAUUUCCAAAGUCAUUGGCGUCUUGCCCACUUAGUCGUUCUCAGCUUACUUUGUUUUUGGAAGGUGAGAAUUUGUAUACUCUGAUGUGAUCGUCCUCCCGUGGGUCCGAACGUUGGCAGAGGAGGAUGGGGGCGGUUGGGUUUGUUCUGUUCCCUGGGGAUUAAUUGGGGACGGGUGUCACGGCUUGCAGUUUUCACAAAACACGGUGCUGUUCUUCACUUCCCAAAUUGGGGCCGACACCCUUUGGUAUUUCUGAGCUACAAGACACACCUUUCGAAGGGUUCCCCUCACCUAUUUCCAAGCGUCUGCCUACUGGGCGUUCUGGGAUAGACACGCUUGUGCCCAUUUGUGGCGUGGUAAAUGUCCUUAUUAAAUUUUGUCCCCGGUCCCUGAAUGAUGGGGAGAGCUGUUUUUUGACUGUUCCCGGCCCAUAAAUCUGCAUCUGGAAUCUGCCCUGACUCUCCCGUGGUACUGGUUGUGAAUUCCAUUAAAGGCUAGGAUUUAUAAAGGCAAUUUACGCAGUUGAAAUCAGCAUUUGGCCAUGUGGCAACCUAAUGAAUUCGCUUCUGGGGAACUGAGUUCAACACCGGGCCGGGUAUCGAUCUUUCCGGGCCCCCAGCUUGGAGUUCCAGACCGGAGUCGUGCAGUCAGGAAGCCGAGUGAGUUCUGAAUGUGGUUUGGAAGCUAUUGAAUUUCCUCUAAAGUGAGCUUCAAUUCAGCAUUACUGUCUAAAUUAUCAAAACCCAGGCCGAGCUGUAUUUGUUGUCCUCGGUUUUUCCACCCCGCUAAUAUUCCUCUUUAUCACCACGCUCUCCUACGGCUUCCCUCUGUGGGCCCCCUUACCCUCCCCUCCCCUCCUCAGCCCUAACCCAGUUAAAGAAAGGGCCAUCAAUAAACCUUAAGGCCUUUGCAAACGUCAGAAAAUCCAUUUAGGAUUUCCUGCUGGGUUAACUGCUCAAUUUAUCUCCUUUUUUGGAAAAUAGAUUGAACGAGUUGCAAAAUUUCCAAACCGAAGCUCUUCUGUCAAAUAUCUAUUUAUCAAAUUAUCAAGUCGGCCAAGAUUUUUU